UGGAUUCAUAUCAUGGCAGGAGAAGAGAAGAGGUAACAAAUAAAACUAGCCAAAACAAAGCCCUUAAACCGAGAGAGCCUUGCACUACAAAUGAAGCAGGAAGAAGGAGAAGAAGCACAAAAGCUGGUACAUGGAAUCAACAUAGAAAUUGCAGAAACAAAGCUAGAACUAACAGUAGAUGAAGUAGUAGAAGGCUACGUAGGAUCCUUAGGAAUCUCGCAGCUACUGCAUGUGUUUUUGGUAUCUUUGGCAUGGAUCUUCGAUUCCCAAAACACAUUGGCUACCAUCUUCAGUGAUGCACAACCACCCUCUUGGAGAUGCAUAUCACCACAUCUUCAUGCAGAUAAUACUACGAUGGCUCCAGCGAUGGCGGCAGCGUCUUUGUGCAGCUCCAUCGGUGACAGCAAAGGGGGUGGCUCUGUUUGUGGGCUACCGCCGGGGACAUGGGAGUGGCUUGGUGGGAAUAGAAGCUCCACUAUCGCUGAGUGGGGUCUCAUCUGUGAUCGAAAGUUCCUUGCUUGUGUACCAGCUUCCCUUUUCUUUCUCGGCUCUCUUUUGGGGUCUGGUGUGUUUGGGUUCCUAGCAGAUGCAUACCUGGGUAGAAAAAGAGCAAUGCUUCUCUCAUGCAUUUUAACCUCUACAACAGCUUUCCUCACUUCCCUCUCACCAAAUAUUUGGAUUUAUUCACUGCUCCGAUUUGCAAAUGGUUUUGCUCGAUCAGGAAUUGGCAUUUGCUGUCUUGUUCUAUCCACUGAAUCUGUUGGUCGAAAAUGGAGAGGCCAAGUUGGCCAGUGCGGCUUCUUCUUCUUCUCUGCAGGCUUUCUUUCUCUCCCUUUAAUUGCCUAUCAUUGUAGAACUUCUUGGAGGAGUCUAUACCAAAUCAUUUCACUUCUUCCUCUUGUCUACUCUCUCCUUUUUCUCCCUUUCGUCUCUGAGUCUCCUCGUUGGCUGCUUAUAAGGGGCCGAAGCAAAGAAGCUCUUGAGAUACUGCAGAGAUAUGCGAGACUCAAUGGCAAGAUGCUACCCUCCAAUUUAAGUCUUGCUAAUCCUUCCAUGUCUAAAGUGGGCGGUGAAGCAUUAGCUGAAACCAAGUCAACUGAAAAGGAAAGCCUGUGGACCACUCGGUGGGCUGCUAAAAGAAUGAUCGUGGUUAUGAUAACUGGUUUUGGAGUUGGUUUUGUUUAUUAUGGUGUUCAGCUAAACGUGGAAAAUCUAAAUUUCAAUCUCUAUUUCACAGUUGCACUCAACGCAUUGAUGGAAAUACCUGCAGUUGUUAUAGGAACUAUACUCUCGAGCGUCACAAACAGGCGUCUUCUCUUCUCUCAGUCUGCAUUCAUAGCAGGAGUUUCAUGCAUUCUUUGCAUCGUUUUCUCACAUGGAGGACGAGCAAAGGCCGAUGAAUCCGGUGGGAGUUGGCCUCAACUUAUCAUUGAAGGAAUUGGGUUCAUGGCAGCUUCAACAGCAUUUAAUAUCCUGUAUAUUUACUGUGUUGAGCUUUUCCCCACAAACGUCAGAAACUCUGCUGUUUCAAUGUUGAGGCAAGCCUUGAUGUUGGGGGCUUCUAUAUCACCUUUGAUGGUUGUGCUUGGUCGUUUGAGCCCGUCACUUUCCUUUCUGGUCUUUGGAUUUCUUUCCAUCUUCAGUGGGGUUAUGAGUUCAUGGCUACCCGAGACUAAAAAUGCUCCUCUUUAUGAGACACUAAAGCAGCAAGAAGAAGAUGAAAAACAGAGUAGUGAAGUGAAAUGA